CUUAAUUACUUCCUGAUUAGUAAUUUUAAGUGACUUAAAACGUUACAUUUGGAUAUAAAUCAAAAUUAAAAUGGGUCCAAUAUUGUAUAGUUGUAUUGUGUGCGUUAUGGCUCAAAUUGUUUUAGUUGAUUGUAGAAAACCAAAACCAUACAACAUAUCAAAGCCAGCACCAAAGUUUGAUAAUCCGAACUUCGUGAGAGAUAGAUUUAAAGUCAUGAAGAAGCCACAGUUGCCUGAGGAUUUUUUCAACCGGACUCGUAAGCCGUUCAACCCCGUUUGGAUGGAUUACUGUGACCCUUACCACUGCAACGACAAUCACAAGACAGCAUGUGGGCUGAACAGGAACAACAUGAAGUUCAAGUGGUUCCAGAGCGCAUGCCACAUCAUUUUAAACAACAUGUGCGCGCAUUAUCGAGGACAUCUGAAAUACGAUUAUGUCGACACAAAAUUCUGCAUCAAAUACGUGAUGUUCCUAAGAACCGAUUGCGAGCCAUGCUUCGAUGACGUGGAGAGCCCGGUCUGUGGUGUGAGUACCAGGGACUACCACGCAGUGAUAUUCAAGAACAAGUGCGCAAUGAAGACAGCUAACUGCGAACCGGGCACGUUGCAUGAAUACAAGGAACUCGAGCUGAAUUAUUGCACUAUUCUCCAGCUCUUCCAACUGGUUCCUGAUCAUUUUUUUCCUCCGCAGAAGAAGCGUCUGCGAUCAGUUAUUUCGUUCGUUAGGUCUCGGUCCAAGAAAUAAAAAAGAAAAAUCUUUAUUCAUUCAUAACAUAAAAGUAUACAGUUUGAAAUGACUCCCGCAGAUUACAGACUUCUAGUCGGCCUCUUGCAACCCGGUCGAGUUAACUGCGCACCUGGCUGCCGUGACGUCACGUCGCCGCUCUUGUACGGAUGGAGCGAACGCGGGAAAGAAAGAAAGAAAGAAAAGUAUUUAUUCGAUGCAAGUACAAAGGUGUGCGAUUAAGUGCGAUAAAGAGAGAGAGUCUCAUUCUAGCGAGGUGCGCAGCUAACUUGAUCGGGUUAUAAGUAGUUUGAAAGGCUUCCAAUUUGUAUGAGGAAUCGGCCGAUUCCAAAUCGGUGUAAUGUGAAUUCCAUACUUGUUCAUAUUGUAACAGCCCGACUAAAUAAUCGGUCGACAAAGUUUGUAGUCUGUGAGGAGUUUAAGAAUUCAAUAAACUCAUUUAUUGCCAGCAA